GAAAUUGACAAAAGGUCACGAGACAAUCACGUGCCAAUACGGAGGAAAGAUUCAUCUUCUCUGUUCCUCUGACUUUGGCAAAAUCUUUGCCCUUUUUUCGACGGGACGGCGGUGAACGUCGACGUGAAAGAGUACAGCGAUGAACUUCCCCACAAGGCUCGCCGAGAAACUCCCCGGAAUCUUACCGGUGCCGUCUCAUUCUCUCCUGCGUAAAGGAGCUAUCAUCUCCGAGUUAAGAUUCUUUGCAACUGCUAACCACAGUAGAAGAUUGAGAUUGGGAUUGCAGAAGAAUAAGGUUUGGAGUUUGCAGAGAGCAGAACUCUCUGUAGUGACCAAUUCAUGUAUAGUUCAUCCCGCAACUGAAGCCUAUGCACAAGAAGCUAUAGAAGCAAUCAAAUCCGAGAAAGUUAUCGCUGUGCCUACCGAUACUCUUUAUGGAUUCGCCUGUGAUGCUUGUUCUUUAGAAGCUGUUAACCGAAUCUAUGAGAUCAAAGGCCGUAAGCUCACAAGCCCGUUAGCCAUCUGCGUAGGAGACGUAUCAGAUAUCAAGAGAGUCGCUACAACAAACCACUUACCUCACGGUUUGCUCGACUCGCUCUUGCCCGGUCCAGUCACUCUCGUACUUCAACGAGGUGAGUCAAGUAUUCUUGAAAAGUCGUUAAACCCUGGGAUAGAUACCAUUGGAGUACGUGUUCCCGAUAGUGAAUUCAUCAGAGAAGUAUCGAGAGGUUCGGGGAGUGUUUUGGCUCUUACGAGUGCUAAUCUAAGCGGUGAUAGAAGCAGCGUUUGCGUGAAUGAUUUCGAGAAUCUUUGGCAGCACUGUGCUUUUGUCUAUGAUGGUGGUUUGCUUCCGUCGGGUCGUGCGGGGUCAACGAUAGUUGAUUUGAGUAAAGUUGGCAAGUAUAAGAUCAUUAGACCUGGAAGCGCUAAGGAAGCAACAGUGGCGAUUCUUGAGAUGUAUUUGCUUGAAGAAGAAGACUGUUAACAGAAGAAAGCUGGUUAAGCUUUGAUCUGACUUUAAAGAAUUUGAAGGUUUUGCUAUGUCUCCUUGCUCGAUCUUUGCUAUUGGUUGUAUUGGUUUGAUCAUAUGUUAUAAACAGUGUUGUAAAAGUUGGUCUAGCCGUCCAAAAAAAAAUCGGAUCUUUGCUAAACGAUUUUUAAAAGAAUCAGUUUAGGUGUUCAAAA